AUGAAGGUUCUUUUUGUAACUCUGGUUUAUAUUCCAUUCAUGACUGCUCUGAUAAGGAUUCCGCUAGUUCAGUUUAAUUCUAUCCAAACUGUACUUCGAAAAGGAGGACAACUAGAGCAAUUUUGGAGGAAUAAUUUACCUGAAAGUUUUGCUCAGAAGUACCAUCCUUGCUUUCCAUCUGAUAUUCUUUUGUCCCUGAGAACUGCAAAGGAAAAACUUCAUAAUUACAUGAAUGCCCAAUACUAUGGAGAAGUGAGCAUUGGCACUCCCCCGCAGAAAUUCUCUGUGAUAUUGGACACUGGAUCUGCUGAUUUUUGGAUACCAUCAAUAUAUUGCAUGAGUGAUGCUUGUUUAAAACACAACAAAUUUGAGUCAUUUCUGUCACAUUCCUACAAACAUGGAGGGCGACAAUUUUCUCUGCGAUACGGUACUGGGCACCUCAUGGGCAUUUUUUCCAAAGAUGUGGUCCAGCACAAUGCAUUUCAUCUUUUCAGAGAUGGCACCAAUGAUGGAGGUGAAUUGAUAUUUGGAGGCAUAGACCAUUCACUCUACCAUGGACCCAUAUAUUGGAUUCCUGUCAGUCGGAAAAUGUACUGGCAGAUUCCUCUUGAAAAUGUGAAAAUCCAGGGACAGAUCGUAGCAUGUAAAAAUGGCUGUGAAGCUAUUGUAGAUUCAGGAACCUCUCUUAUUACUGGUCCAUUACUAGAUAUUAAAAAACUACAAGCAAAAAUUGGAGCUGUCCCCAGUUCUUCUGGAGAGUUUCUUGUGGACUGCAGGAGACUUUCCAGUCUGCCCUCAAUAAGCUUUACCUUUGGGCAGAAAGAAUUCACAUUAACAUCAAAGCAAUAUAUAAUUAAGGAAAACAGCGGAAAAGAGGCCUUGUGUUUCAGUGGUUUCCAAUCGCUGGAUCUCAUCUCUAAAGAAGGACCAUUGUGGAUUCUAGGAGAUGUAUUUAUGUCGGGUUUUUACUCUGUUUUUGAUCGUGGACAUGAUAGAAUUGGCUUUGCUAAAUUAGCUCAUAAAGGAAGGAAAAGAAAUCAACAGAAAUAG